AUGCUGGCUGUAGAAAGAAGUGCGCUCACGCAAGGAGUUCUGGUGCCAGAGGCAGAAGAUGAGCCACUGCUGACUUCUGGAGACGCUUCAGAAUCGCUGGGCGUGUCGAGUGCUUGGCAGUUGUCAAGGGGAAAAGCAGAGCUGGUCCUGUUUCUGGUGCCACUGCUAUGGGGUACGUAUGGCCCAGCCAUCAAGUACAUCUACGAAAACCCAGGGCCACCGUCUGUCAGCAUCCUGACCACAUUGCGAUCAGCCUUGUCCGUGGUCGCUUAUGCUGCCGUCCUGCCCGUCGAAAGAGCUCAGUCCCAGUCCCAACCAGCUGCUGAAGCAUCAGAGAGCGACAGCAGCCUAUGGCGCGCCUGGGGGUUUCCCCCAGGCACUUGGCUCGCGGGCGCUGAGCUGGGGUUCUGGAACACUGUUGGCACCGCACUCCAGAUGAUGGGCCUGCAGGAGACCACCGCCACGCAGGCGGGCUUCCUGAUUCAGACUGUCAACGUUCUGGUUCCGGCCAUCCUGCUGGCCUCAGGGCAGCCCGUGCGCAAGAGUAUGCUAGUCGCCGUUCCUCUCUGCAUUGCGGGGGUUCUUCUCCUGAGCUCCAACGAAAGCGCUGGCACCGCCGAGGGGAGUGUAGUGGGGGACGCGUACCUGCUGGCGUCAGCCUUCUGCUACGCCAUGUUUACGGUCCGUUUGGGCGUGCAUGCGCAGCGAUUGCCCGCCUUGGCACUCACCGCCGCCAAGAUGGUUGUGGGCGUUGGCCUUGGGCUCCUUUGGAUGGGCUGGGACUGGGGGUCCUCGCUCGCUUUGGGGGGGCCCCCACAACCCUCGUGGGAGGGCUGGGACAGCCCCCUGUUGUGGGGAGUAAUUCUGUACUCGUCGCUCUUCCCCGGGGCGCUUGCGUCGCUGAUCAUGGCGGUCGGCCAGAGGACCGUUCCUGCCGCAGAGGCGCAGAUUGUGUACUCGACGACUCCCCUUUUCAACGCCUUGCUCAGCUUCUUUUUGCUGCACGAGGUGCUCGGCCCCAAGGGCUGGGCGGGCGGGGCGCUCCUGGUGGCGGCAGCAGCGGUAGCCAGCUACGAGAAGCGGGAGGACGCCACAAAGACGGAACGACGAGUCAAGAUUAGCGAUGCGGAUCAGACGGAUGACCAAGCGUAGCUAUUGGUUCUGAUUCAUAUUGUUGGGCACUGACGCGCGCAAGAUCGAUUUUGUACAUACGAUACAAUUCUGAAUACGUAGGAGACUCACAUAGCAUUUCAGCUUUAAACAGCCGCAAGGUUGCCUUGACAAGCAGUCAGGGGCCUUGCGACGGACUCGAUCGACAAGGAUUGCGUAUUUGCGGAUUACUACGCCCGUUUUCAGCCUCUUUUAGCCCUCAGAAUUCACCAGACUUCUGCAAAGCAAAGGAUACAGCAAUGAGUGAGCAACUGGCAAGUAUUGAACCGACGUACCUGAUAUUCACCUAUAUUGUGCAGUACGUUACAGUAUACAGUAUUCAAGGUCGCGC